AUGGAAAGCAAUAAUGAAAAUAGAUGGUCGGUCUCGAUCGAUCAUCCUGAUGUGUUCUCAAUACAUCGCGUUUAUGAUCAAGAAUCACCUUCAACAACGAGUACUUGGGAUGUAGAGCGAUCUGUGGCGACGAGUAAUUGGGAUUUAGAGUCACUUCCGAAAAACAAUGCUUGGGAUGUAGAACCAUCUCCGAAGCUCAAUGCUUGGAAUACACAAUCGUCGUCAUCAUUUCAGGCUUAUGACCAGGCGAAUACGUCAACGAAAAGUGACACCAUCAAAACUAAAAGCGAACGAUAUAGGAAAAAAGAAAUCAUUUUAUGGAUUCUUAUCGGAUUCUCAGUGGGUGGGAUUGCAUUAGCAGCGGUGACUACUGCUUACGUACUAGACCUAUCAUCACAAACUACGUCUACUACAACAGCUGCAUUCAUUGAUCAAGCCUUUUGGCCACUUGAUAACAACACUCUUGAAUUAUACAAUGGCCUUAAUGGCGUGCUUUCUGGUACUCCAUCGUAUACAACUAGUUUUCUUGGUUAUGGAGCCGCUAUUAGUCUUAGUCAAGCAUCAUCACAAUAUGUUUAUAUUUCACCAACAGUCAUUCCUUUAGAUUCGCGUAGUUUCACCAUUGAAGCAUGGAUUUUUCCGACUGGUUUUACCGCAAGUGAUUUUGGAAUAUUUGGUCAAUGUCAAGCUACAAUUACCAAUCGAUGCUUACACUUCACAUCACGAAACAUAAUGUUAUACUGCGGUUUCUUUGCCAAUGACAUAGCAGGUGUUACUACACUAACCAUGAAUGCUUGGAGCCACGUCGCUUGUGUUUACGAUUCAACUGCACGAAUACAACAAGUCUGGCUCAAUGGCGUGCUUGAUGCUUCACGUUCCGCGAGCCCUUAUCAGGGUUUAUACGGAGCCACAACCAUUGGUGCCACAUUCAGCUCAGGUGUCGCUGCAGGUUUCAAUGGUUAUAUCGAUCAAGUUCGAUUUGAAUCGAGAGCUAAAAAUGCUACUGAGCUGUUGAAUGAUGCUACUCUGUAUGUCUAUUAUUCAUUUGAUGGUGGUUCUCUUGUUGAUAAUGGCAUUAAUGGUAUCAAUGGAACUGCUUCGGGAAGUGUAGUUAGUACAACAGGUCGAUUGAAUGGAGCAGUUCAAUUUAGUUCGAGUUCCUAUAUAUAUUACACGUAUCCACCAUUUUACUUUUUGGGUAUUAGUAAUCAAUCUUUCAGUAUAUCUUUAUGGGCAAACCCGACAGUGAUGAACUCGACUGGAUUGUUAAGCGCACAUCUGUGGAAUGGUCACGAUAUUACCGCUACUGGUUCUAUAAUUCCGUUAAAUAGCUGGACACAUAUUGGAUACACGUAUAGUUACAGUAAUGGCCUGAGAUUAUAUAUCAAUGGUAAUCUAUAUUCAUUUACGGGAAGUUUUAUAUUUACCGCCUCUGGAGUUCCUAUGCAUAUGAUUUUGGGUAGUGAUGGAGAUGGAACCAACUGCGCUCCAGGUUAUGGAGGUCCUUUUACUGGUGCUCUCGAUGAGUUCUACCUGCAUACCCGUGAAAUAACAGCAUCAGAAGUUCAAAAACUGGCGAAUCCUUAA